AGUGCGCACGCGUAGCGUCAGCGCUCUAAUCUGGAACAUGGCGGCGCGUUCGCUGUGGGCGGUGCAGCGGCUGCAGCGCCUCCUGGCCUCGGGGGCUGUGUCACAGAGCAGGGGAUGGUCACACCCAUUCAGCACUGCCACCCAAAGAACUGCUGGGGAAGACUGCAGUUCUGAAGACCCUCCUGAUGGACUUGGUCCCUCGCUUGCUGAACAGACCUUAAGGCUAAAAGCUGUUAAACUGGAAAAAGAAGUCCAGGAUUUAACACUGAGAUACCAGCGAGCCAUCGCUGAUUGUGAAAACAUAAGGAGAAGAACCCAGAGAUGUGUGGAAGAUGCGAAAAUAUUUGGAAUCCAGAGCUUCUGUAAGGACCUGGUGGAGGUGGCAGACAUUUUGGAGAAGACUGCCAAGUGCUUUUCGGAAGGAGCUGAACCUGAGGACCACAAGCUUGCUCUGGAAAAAGUCUUCCAAGGGCUGUCCCUGUUAGAAGCAAAGCUGAAAAGCGUGUUUACCAAGCAUGGCCUAGAAAAAAUGACACCCAUUGGCGACAAAUACGACCCUCAUCAGCAUGAACUCAUCUGUCACAUGCCAGCAGGUGUUGGGGUGCAGCCUGGCACCGUGGCAUUAGUUCGGCAAGAUGGCUACAAACUUCAUGGCCGCACCAUUAGACUUGCGCAAGUGGAAGUAGCGGUGGAGUCUCAAAGAAGGCUCUGAAAGGGUCACUGGAACCAAACCUCCCAGAGUCAGGCACCUAUGUCUCCUUUAUUUAUUAAGCUGGUUUGUAUUAUACAUGAGGUCCUUCGUGUGCUCCAUUUUGGAUUUAGUCACAUUGACUGUAUCUCUACAGUGUCUUAUUGGGUUUACAUGACCUGUUAGUCUCAUCGGGAAUCCUGCCACUAGACAUUUGAACAAUGUGACGAGUGUCAUGUGGCCUUUAUCAAAAUGUUUACAAAAAUCAUUUAAAUUGGUACUCUGAUGCCUGAAUCCAAAAUCUUACCUGUGUUUUUAUCUAACUGCUGGAAUUGGUGCAGCAUCUUAUAUCUUGUAUUUUUUGGGAAAGGGAAAUGGUAGGGAUUGGUUUGACACUUAGGUACAUAGAUACCAAUGCCUUACCCUUGUGUAAGUUUAGAUCAUUUGGGCUGGUGUGUAGAGAGAUUUCCCAAGGCUACUUUUUUAUUUCACUUUGUCCAGUCAUCUCAUGUGCUUGUACUCCUACCAGGGUCACACUCACGCAGUUUCAUAGCCGCCCCUUUCUCGUCCCUUUUGGAAGGGCUAAAGGGCCAGGCCAGUCUUCCUUUCUUGUUUUUGGUAAGGUGAAUACAUAACUGGGCCCAAGUCUAAGAAGAGGCAAGCCCUGGUUGCCUUGACAACACAACCCAAUCCCAGGGAGACCAAAAGCCUCCAUACAUUACAAGUUGGAGAGAUAGACUUUGGGGACCAACCAGGCAUGCUGGCUGUCAAUUCAAAAAUAAAAACAAAAUAUUCAGGUGGAUAAUUUUUUUACAGUAUAUAAUUUACACAAAAGUAAUUGCAUCCCUUGCAUGGACUGAGAACAAACCAGGCCAUCCUUUCUGGAUUAGGGUGUGGGGCUGCUUUGGAGAGGACAAGGGACUUCCUAUAGCAGCAAAAAGAAAAAUAAAUACAAUCAAAAAUCCUCAGGCACAUUGUAAAACGGUUGCUGUCACCUUCCCCAUUCCAAUUUUUAAAUCCCAAGUCAAAAGCACCAAGAAAAAUUUUUUGUAUAUUUAUUAUUAACAAAAGCAACAAAGUUGUCUCAGUUCUGCAUGUGUUUUGUUAAGAAAAGGUAUGACACAGCUCCAUCACUGUCCACCUAGAAUCACUUGCAGUCUACAAAGGAAGGGCCGUAUUCCUUCUGCUCCUCCUUGGUGAACUGUAUGUAUCUCCUGGAAGUUGCAGCUGCCCAUCCGCACAGAGUACUUGUACUCGGGGAGCAAUGACGUUAAUUUUCAUGGUACUAGAAACAGAGGAAUGAUCUGCAUCCUGUAGUAAUCAGUGCCUGAGUCCGUGGGGUACCACCAGACUGCACUGUGUUGGCAUCAAAGUCUCUGCUGAUAUUGACAUCACACUUAAUGAUAGAAUGGAAGAUAAGGUCGUAGAUGCCAUCGUAGUCCAUACCCAGAAAGAAAGGCUAGAAGAGCACCUGGGGCAGCAGAGUUGGUUCUUGGCAGUAAUGAUGACCUGGCUGUUGGGCAGCUCAUAGCUCUUCUCCAGGGAGGAGAAGGAUGCAGCCACAGGCGUGUCUUAUGGGGAAUACCGGGCAACAUGGUGCAAGUUGCCCUUGAUGUUACCACUUGGCCAUGGCGAGGCUGUAGCUGUGCUUGCUCAGGAGCUGCAAGAGUAGUCCACCGGGGUCAUGUAAGAAAGAACAUAGUCCCUAUAGAUGGGCAGUGUGGGUAACCCUGUCUCCAGAGUCCACCAGGGUCACGUAAGGAAGAACAUAGUCCCUGUAGAUGGGCAGUGUGGAUAACCCUGUCUCCAGAGUCCACCAGGAUCACGUAAGGAAGAACAUAGUCCCUGUAGAUGGGCAGUGUGGAUAACCCUGUCUCCAGAGUCCACCAGGAUCACGUAAGGAAGAACAUAGUCCCUGUAGAUGGGCAGUGUGGAUAACCCUGUCUCCAGAGUCCGCUGGGAUACAAGUGGUACUGUAAAGACAGCACAGCCUUAGUGGCUCUGUGCAUGAUCUAGGUCUCUGUUCAUGACUGGCCCAGGGUUCAGGGAACCUUGUAAGCAGCACUGAGUGGUCCUCCAGGGCCACACAUGUCUCAUUGUAUGAAGUGUGGUGUUAUCUCCAAGUUGGUAACAAACCUCCAUAGAUACCUCGGGGUCAGGGUGCUUCUCUUGCUGUAGGCCUUGUCACCCAUGUAGGAAACCUGGCCAGUGCCAACAUCACACCCCAGUGCAUUGGGCUACCUACCAUGGAGCAGGAGACAGACUUGGAAGCAUCCUCGCCUAUGAAGCCAGCUCUUAGCGCCAGGGCAGCAGUAUCUGCUUCCAUGACAAAUGGUGACAAGUAGGGACCCAGCAGUGGAGGAUCUGAGAAGCCUGUGCUUGCCAGGUAAAUGUGGAUACUAAAGAGCAUCUUCCCUUAUAUGUAAGGAGCUAUUUUUAUAGCUUCCUGGGUAUGAAGUAAUUUUAGGCAGCACCAACAGCAGAUGACCAGAAUACAUUUGUAUUGGUAAUGACCUACAGUGGCUGGUUCCACCAACCCUGAUUGUUGGGUUAGCCCUGGGGUCCUAUAUUAGAUUAUAUGGGGAGAAGUCAAAAAUUCUGGACUCGUAUAAGUUCUCAUUAAAUAAGGCUGAUGUGUGCCUUUUUCUCCCACCAUAUGGGGCUGACAAAUUACUACCUCUCACAUCACAAAACUUGUAUACUUAGAACAUUGGGGAUUGGAUGCAAGGUCUCAUGAAUGCUACGUAAGCUCUCUACAACUCCCAGCCCUGACAAGCUUUGUUUCCGAGUUUUAGUCUCCACCUUAGGCCUUAUUUGUAUGAACAUCUACGUAUGUAUUAACCUUGUAAAUUUUAUGAACCUGUAUAGUUUUUAAGUCUCAAUAACUGAUGGUGUGUAAAAGGUUUGCCCAGAAAAUACCUUAAUGCAUAAAUAAUACACAAGGUAAACUUUAUAAUGGUUUUAAUAUAAGAGAUCUUAACUGAUAGAGGAGAAAACGGUAAUGAGAUGUUGAUGUUGUAAAUAAACUUGCUUAGGAAAUACUAA